UUUACAAUUUUUGUAAACAGGAAGUGGACGGUACCCGCCAAGAAUACAAGUUUGUACGGGAAAAAAUGAAUUGAUACAUAGUUUUAUAGAACAAAACAUCUAAGUUACAUUCAACAACAUGCCUCGUGAAAUUAUCACCCUUCAGCUGGGACAAUGCGGAAACCAGAUUGGUAUGGAGUUUUGGAAGCAGCUAUGUGCAGAACAUGGAAUAAGUCCUGAGGGAAUAUUGGAGGAUUUUGCCACAGAGGGAACAGACCGCAAAGAUGUCUUCUUUUAUCAGGCCGAUGAUGAGCACUACAUCCCAAGAGCUGUGCUGUUGGAUCUGGAGCCUCGAGUCAUCAACACAAUCAUGAACUCACCGUACGCCAACCUGUACAACCCAGAGAACAUCUACCUGUCCAAGCACGGGGGCGGGGCGGGAAACAACUGGGCCUCGGGAUACAGCCAGGCUGAGAAGCUGUAUGAGGAGAUCUUUGACAUCAUUGACAGAGAGGCCGACGGAAGUGACAGUCUGGAGGGCUUUGUGUUGUGUCACUCCAUUGCUGGAGGGACGGGAUCAGGGAUGGGGUCCUACCUACUGGAGAGACUCAACGACAGAUUUCCUAAGAAAUUAGUACAGACGUACUCAGUCUUUCCAAACUUGGAUGAAAUGUCCGACGUAGUCGUCCAGCCCUAUAACUCACUGCUGACCCUCAAACGACUCACCCAGAAUGCUGACUGUGUGGUUGUACUAGACAACACAGCGUUGAACAGAAUAGCGGCCGACCGUCUUCACAUAGAAACUCCAAACUUCUCACAGAUCAAUCAGCUGGUUUCUACUGUUAUGUCGACUUCCACCACAACGCUGCGUUACCCUGGUUACAUGAACAAUGACCUGAUUGGUCUGAUCGCGUCCCUGAUCCCCACACCCCGCCUCCAUUACCUGAUGACUGGGUACACCCCACUGGCCACAAACUCACAGGUGGCCAGUGUCCGUAAGACGACUGUUCUUGAUGUCAUGCGGCGACUUCUGCAGCCAAAGAACAUGAUGGUGUCCACACCUGUCCAUCGCCAGGCGAAUCACUGCUAUAUCUCCAUCCUCAACAUCAUACAGGGAGAAGUUGAUCCCACACAGGUGCACAAAAGUCUACAGCGGAUCAGGGAGAGAAAGUUGGCCCAGUUUAUUCCGUGGGGACCAGCCAGUAUACAGGUGGCCCUCUCCCGAAAAUCUCCUUACAUCCAGACAUCUCAUCGAGUGAGCGGCCUAAUGCUGGCAAACCACACCAGUAUAUCUACUCUAUUUGAGCGCACCCUCCACCAGUACGACAAGCUUAGAAAGAGAGAGGCGUUCAUGGACCAGUUUAAGAAGGAGGCCAUCUUCAAGGACAAUCUGGACGAGUUUGACAACUCAAGGGAGGUAAUCCAGCAGCUUGUGGACGAGUACCACGCGGCCACAAAGCCCGACUACCUGUCCUGGGGGACACAGCAGGCGGUUGCAGCAACUGGGGAGAGAUUAUAGAAUGGCAGUAACAGUUCAUUAAUUUGACAAAUAGAAAAUGAAGCUGCAAAAUGUCGCCUGAAGUCUGAAGCAAAAAACAUCGAAGAACAAAAGAUCAAACUGUCAGAGCUCCUUGAAUUGUUCUGGUCAGUCCCAUCAAGAAUCUCCACAGAAUCUCUUUUUAUAUGAUGAUACAAGCAAGGAGUAUGCAUGUACUUUAGAGGCUUACCUGUAUUGUGGAGUAUUGAUGCAGACUGGUUUGGUGGAGAUGAAUUAUUUAUUUCUUCUAAAAAUUUAUUCAGAUUUGUUUGUGAUGCAUUUUUUUCCUGGAUUUACAAUACAUUGUAUAAUUCAGUACUUGUUAAAAUGUAAAUGUAUUUGUUUAAGAGCAUGUCAAUAAUUUAGAAUGACUGGUUGUGGAAGGAUGUAAGUUUUAAAUACUGUAAAAUCAUUACAAUUAGUGGUGGCUCAAUUUUCGUGGUAAUUGUGGGUUGUCCUCACCCACGAAUUUACAUCCUUGAUGAAAUUAAAUUAUGCAAAUAUUAAUUUUUCUUACUGAAACUGAAAACACGAAAUUACAUCUCCAUAAAUAAGCAAAAAACCCACAAUCCACGAAAUUUGACCCCCACAAAUUUAAAUGAUUCCACAGUACAUCAUUUGUAAAAAUUGCAUUGCAUCAUUCAUUUCAUUGACUAUUUAUUUCCUAAACUGUUAUCAAUGUUGGGAAAUAUGAAGGAAAUAUGUAAAGAAAAAACCAAGUGCUGUCUCUAUACGUCUUUCACUUGAUAUUAACUAUAGAUGCCAUUGGAUGCAUCUAGCUAUGGUUUGAAAGGAUCUAUUUGGAACAUUUUUUUUUCUGAACAGUGGGUUCUCAACACAGACAUAGCUCUGAUGAUAAGUUUGCGGGUACUACGUACAUGUAAUACAUUGCAAAAAUUACUGUCUGUUGGUCAUUUUGCAGAGAAAAAAAUUCAGCAAAAACCAUGAUUGUAUUACAUGUAAAGUAUAUUUUAAUUGUCCAUCUUUAAUGUGCAUUUUGUAAAUCAUUUACAUAUGGCUUACAAAAUCUGUGUUCAGAUUGUAAAUGUAUUUCAAAGUCAUUGUAAAAUAUUGUAAAUCCCAUUGUUCUGUUCAUAAAUGAAAAACAUUGUUGACCAAUAAUGAUUGGUUUUUUUAUGAGGAAAUUUGUUCAAAAAUGUAUUAUUUUGUGUCAUAUCCAUUAUACAUUAAUGAAUAAAAUAAUGAAAACCUAGAAGAAAAUUGAUUACUGUUGUAAUAAAUAUAUGACGACUUUUAACUUAUCAAUAGCAAAUUGAGAACUUGUAUGCUACAGAAAUAUUUGUUUACACUGAAAAUUUCAUCUUAUGGAUCUUGUUUCUAUUUAAUGCAUUCAUCAAUCUAAUGUCGGAUGAAAUGUAAUCAAUUUUUUGUUCGAGCCUGUAGCAUUUCGAGGUUAUAGACAUAUAAAUCCCAAUUGAUUCAUGUCGAUGAUUCCUUCAAGCAUACAAUCUUGUGUGCCUUCCUUCUUGAUUAAUUCACAUUUUCACUGUACUGAAAUAAUUCUUCACAUUAUAAUAGAGAAUAAAUCUAAUGGGCAUUUUCCAUGUGCGUGGUUUUGACUUUAGGAUGUUUUCCUCUUGAGCCUAAGUUUUUCAGUUCUACCCUGUAGCAGCACCAUCUCAUUCAAUGUUUAAAAACUCUGUAAUUUUUUUGAAGCUUCCUUGUUUUGUCCGAAUCAAUGAAUGAUUAUAUUGUAAAUGUACUUUCACUUCAAAAUUCUCAGAACCCCUUAGUCAUUACCAUAUCUCAUUCUUGUUUUGACAAUGAAUGAUUUAAAAAAUGUAAUAUUUUUGAUUUACAUAGGGCACUUUGUUGGUGGAAAAUAGUGGGACAUGAAAUAUGACUUCAUUUCCUCACUCGUCUGGUUUUAUUUUCAGUUAGGGCCACACCAAUAUAAUUUCCUGUUCAUCAGACAUCCAGUGAAAAAAAAGUACGAGUGGGCGAGAAAUUAAAUAAUAAAACUAUUAUUUUUUGUUGCCAAAAUUUUUAGGUGGUACAUAUUAUUAAAUAAAUUUGUGCGGACGGUUAAUUUUUUACUUCUUGUUUCUAAUUUUAAAUUAAAACUAUAUUGAAUGCUGCAUUCACAGUGAAAUACAUGCACUUAAUAUACAGAUUGGGAAAAUUAAGUUUUAACUUAGUAUUUCGAAAUAUUUUGUAUAAACAUGUCAUGUAUAUCAGUAAUAUGGGCAACAAUUAUAAUUAAUACAAUGUACCGUAUAUACAUUUGUGUAUAUAGUGUGGAAUCAUUUAAAUUUUUGAGGAAACAACUUUCAUGUAUUGUGGGUUUUUUUAAACUUUUUUGCUUAUUCAUGGGGAUGUAAUUUUGUGAAUGCGUUGGUUGUCAGUAUCGUUUCGAAAAAAAACUUUUUAAAUUUGUUUUCUUUGAGAAUGUGAAAUUGUGGAGAAGGACUUUCCCACGAAUACCAAAAAAAUUCCACCACCAUGUAGUAAUGCAUAUCAUACGCUAGAUUAGCAAAAGACAAACUCUGAAAUAGUUGCAAUGAGUUUAUUGCAAAAGUUUCUACUUGUUAAUUGUAUAUUAAAAUAAAAAUGUCUACCUGUCGAUUCAGCAUCAUGACGUUUGAGAGAAUGAUCAACAAGAGAAAAAAAUCCCCACACGAAACAAGUUACAAUCUCUAACAAUCUGUAGUUUAUACACCAAUAAACACAUACACUGUUCCUACAGAAAAGUUUCCACUGAGAAAUAAAAUUAUACAUGUACCACCAAAAGCAAAAAGUCAAAAUCAUUACACUGAAUUGUGACAUCAGGGUUAAGCUUUGUUGUGUUUUUGUUUCAUUGGUCUGAGUUUACAAACACAUAAAAGUUUAAAUAAUCCUUAACAUAACAAUCAUAGAUGUAGUACACAAGGUACACGUACAUGUUGCUAGAGCACAGACACACAAAAAGAUAGAUUUAACAAAACAAUCUGAGAUCAAGCAAUUUCUUUUGAAAAUCUUAAAAAAUAAUUCUACAUUCAGAACAGCUUGGGAAUAAUUGUGACAGAAAUCAGAUUUUUGACCUUUCAUCUCUUUUAUCUAAUUUUUUGUAAGUAUCAUGUAUCAUGUGACAAAAUCAAAACUCAUUAAUUGAAGGGUUCAACUUGACAUAGAUGUAUCUAAAUUGAUGACUCAGUUUUCCUGUAUAGAUUCAUGAAAUUAAACAG